AAAUAAAAGAUGGGGAAGAAAGCAAAAUGGUUAUCUUCUCUAAAGAAAGCCUUACACCCAGAUUCAAAGGAAAAGAAAAGCCAGAAAGAGCAGAAUUUGGAGAAGCAAUUGCACUUGGGUCCUAGUUCUAAUGCAGACAGUUUAGAACCUGUUGAUCUGUCCCCUCCACCUCAGCCAGAAGAAGAGAGAUUAAUCGAAUCCGAGACGGUUGCUGCAGCUACUGAUGAGGUUGUCGCUCCCGCUGCUCCAACUCAGGCUGCUGUUGUGGUUGUUCGACGCCAGCUUAAUAGAGGUUCUUAGUUUGCUGGAAAAUCUGUGGAGGAAGUGGCAGCAAUCAAAAUUCAGACAGCUUUUUGAGUUUACAUGG